AUGAACUCCAAGUUAGUGGUCCUCUUCGCCCUGGUGGCGCUCGCCUUCGCCGAAGAAACGAAGAAAGCAGAAAACACGAAGAAGGAUAAGCGGGGCCUGUACGGAGCCCUAGGCUACGGUUACGGUCUUGAUGGAUACAGCUACGGUGGGCUCAACUCGUACUCGUCACUUCCGUUCGGCUUGAGCCCCAGCAUCUCGUCCACCAUCCUGACAAAGGAGGUCGCCGUACCUGUGCCCCAACCGGUCGCCGUGCCCGUCGAGAAGCACGUCCCAGUCCCUGUUAAGGUGCCCUACGCAGUACCCGUCGACCGACCGUACCCCGUCCAUGUGCCCAAGCCAUACCCAGUCGAGGUCACCAAGCACGUCCCCGUCCCGGUAGAUCGCCCCGUGCCCGUUCCCUACAGCGUUCCCGUGAAAGUUCCGUUCCCCGCUCCGUACGCCGUCAAGGUGCCGCAACCUUACGCCGUUCCCGUCGUCAAACACGUACCUGUCCCGGUCGCUACGCAGCCGCUUGUCUACACGAAACUGAACACUGGUCUGGGAUACUACGGCGGUUAUGCUUCCUCCUGGUAA